UUAAGGAACUUCGAGACACACAGAUACGGUCAAUAACCGCAAUUCAAAAUGGAAAAGACGUUUUUGUUGGGACAAGAACAGGGAGCGGUAAAUCUCUAGCUUAUGAAAUCUAUCCAGUGUUAAAUGAAGGGAAGAUCGUGCUGGUGGUUGCACCACUCGUCAAUAUCAUGAACGAACAAUGUCGCCGUCUCUGUGAAUUAGGAUUCAAGGCCACGUAUAUCGGAAAGGACGGCAGCGACACUGAGGGUAUUUUAGCCGGACAUUUUGAUUUUAUAUUUGGUGGCGCGGAGCAUUUGGUAGAGGACACAAGAAGGCGAGCUAUGCUUAAAACUGACCCCUAUCAGAGCAAACUUGGCCUGAUAGUUGUGGAUGAAGCUCACACCGUAAUACAGUGGGGCGAAGGCACAGAGAAGGAAGGACCAUUCCGUGGCAGUUUUUCCAGAAUAGGAGAAUUGAGGUCGCUGUGCAACGUACAGAUGCUGGCUUUAACUGCAACUGCUGGGCCAACAGGGAGACGAAAAAUUAUGAAAUCUUUAUGCUUUAAAUCAUCAUCAGAGGUGAUUCUUGAUUCUCCAGACAGGCCUAACAUUAAGAUAACUUCAGUGCGUAUUCCAAAUAAUGAUGACCUUUCCACUGUGUUCAAGUUCUUAAUUGAUGACUUUCUAAACCAAAAAGAAACAUUACCGAGACAUGUGAUUUUUUGUGAAAGUAUAGCAAAUGUUUCAAAAGUGUAUUUAACAUUUCUAAAACAUAUGGGACAGUCUCGGAAUCUUUUUGAAAUGUACCACAGCAAGACAAAUGAUAAAAUUAAGGAGCAAAUUAGAAAAGACAUGGCAGAAAAUGGUAAAAUCAGAAUUCUGAUUUGUACCAAUUCAGCUGGUAUGGGUGUCAAUUUUCAUAAUGUGCACAAUAUCAUUCAUUAUGGCUUACCCAGAGAAAUGGACACUUUUGUACAACAAAUGGGUCGAGCAGGGCGUGAUGGAGAAUACAGCAAGCAACUUAUUUUGUACAAGAUGCACAAGGGACAUCUUAGUAGAGUGGAAGGUGAUUUGGUGAAACUUGUGAAAGAUGAUGCCACAUGCAGACGUAAAACACUGUGUGAUUCAUACGUGACAGUACAUGAACCUGUUAUUCCGAAACAUAAAUGUUGUGAUGUCUGUGAGAAACAAUGUGAUUGUGGUGAAGAAUCCUGCCCCGAUAUCCAUAGGGCAUUGGCAGCUGAUCCUGAUAAUAUGGAGGAUGAAACUGUUGAAAUGGAGCGAGAGGUAACCAGAGACGACAGAAAACUUUUGCGGCAUAAACUUUCGGUGUUAAAAUAUUCACUUGAAUCAGACCUAAGCAAUGUUUUAAUAACAUCAGAAAUUCUGCAUGGAAUCACUGAUCAAGUAAUUGAUGAUAUUGUGCUUAAGUGUCAUACAAUUUUUACGACAUCAGACAUUCUAAAAAUGUUCCCAGUUUGGUCGUUUGAAAUAGCUGUCCAGAUUAUGAAAGAGAUAAAUACUGUGACUGGUGAUUCAGAUAUGUAUGACAGAUGAAGACUCGGACUAAUUAUAAAGUUGUUUCUACACUUUUUAUUAUAAAAUAUGUGCAUCUCAUUACAAUUUACUGUUUUAAAAAAUAUUAUGUAUACAUAUGUUAUUGUAACACAAUACACAUCGAUUAAAAGGUAGUAUAUAUUGCAAUAUCUCACAGUGGUCAUAUUAUCUUAUAUUUGUUACCAUUUGAAAUUAUUAAACUGAGUUAUAUGAAAAAGUGAUAAUGAUAGAGCUAGAGAUGUAAAAAAAGCUUGUGUCAAAAAUUUCUCCUAUUGUUUUUAAGGCAUUCAAUUUCAGUUGCACAAUAAAACAUGUCUGUACUAUUUAUUUUCAACUACAUGUAAUAAAUUGUUGCCACCUAUGCACCUGAGUCAAUUUUUAUCAAGGUUAAAAAAAAAAA